CCCGCAUCUGUAAGGCUUCGGAGCUAUUCGCUUCCGUUGGUCGCAUCGCAUCCAUCUCGUCGAGCGCGUAAGCCUCGCGAGUCAGAACGCCGCGCGGCCGUUUGCCGACGCCCAACAAGUUUCCGAGUGACGUCGUAGGACGCGCGUGGACGGAAGGAGCGAUCCACCAUGUCGAGCGGCGAACUCGAGACGAAGAAGUCUGGCGACUUCUACUGGAGCAAGGAUGAUGAGCCCCACGCGAAGCGAAGGAGGGAGAUCCUCGAGAAGUACCCGCAGAUCAAGGACCUGUACGGCCCGGACUGGACCACCUGCCCGCAGAUCUUCGCCGUCGUGAGCCUCCAGCUGGCGGUGGCCUGGUGGAUGGGGAACAACGCGUCGUGGCCCGUGCUGCUGCUCACCGCGUACGUCUUCGGGGGCUUCGCAACCGCUAACCUGUUCCUGGCGAACCACGAGCUGAGCCACAACCUCGCAUUUAAGAGCGCCGCCGCGAACCGUGCGCUGGGCCUCGUGGCGAACUUACCCAUCGGCAUCCCCUUCUCCGUGGCGUUCAAGAAGUACCACCUGGAGCACCACAUGUUCCAGGGACAUGAUGCCAUCGACACGGACAUUCCCACCGUCGGUGAGGCGAGGCUCUUCUCUCUGGGCGGCUCCCUGCUCAAGAUUGUGUGGGUGAUUGGUCAGCUCUUCUUCUACGCCAUCAGGCCGCUGUUUGUGCGCCCGAAGCCGAUGGGAAAGUGGGAUUUCCUUAACUUGGUCACACAGGCUGCGUUCGACAUGGCUUUUAUUCAUUUCGCGGGUCCCCGGGCAUUCGUCUACCUGCUCGCUUCGGUGUUCCUCGGCGGCGGUCUUCACCCCAUCGCCGGUCACUUCAUCUCCGAGCACUACGUGUUCCACCCUGGACAGGAGACGUACUCUUACUACGGCCCCCUCAACGUGUUCGUGUACAACGUCGGAUACCACAACGAGCACCACGACUUCCCCAAGGUUGCCGGGAGCAGGCUGCCCAAGGUGCGCGAGAUCGCUCCGGAGUAUUACAACAACCUCAAGUACCACACCUCCUGGACCAAGGUAAUCGUGGACUACAUCGCGGACCCAAACAUGGGGCCCUUCGCCCGAACCAUGCGCAAGAAGGUGAGCAAGUCGGACUGAGAUGGACAGAUGAGGCUAAUACUCGCGCACUCUAGAAGCUAGAUUCGUAUUCAUUAAUAUUAUGGCAUUGCGUUCACG